UUACAAGUGCAAACAUUUCUGGACACUCCCGAGACUGGUUUUGUUGAUAUCGCGCAAACUAGGGUUCAGCGCAGCGGUUGGACAGAACAAGGCCUUUCGCUGGAACGUGCGCACGGGCUCUUGCACUGUGCGCAAGGCUAGCUGUAUGCCUGCAUCCAUAAAAUUUAAUCAAUUUGGCGUAGCGCUGGUUCCAUAGCCCCUCGGCCGAAGGCGCUUUGCCCUCCAAGAACAUGGGUGGGGCGAAGCGCCGGCGCGGCGCAACUGCAGAGGAUCCCGAAACACCGGGCGACCAGGAUGGCGCCCUGCUGCCGAGCGGCACCGAGGAAGCCGGCCCGGCGCCGAAGGCACUGCGGCGCUCCGAGCGCGUGAGGUCAAGGGCCGAAGCGGCGGCGCUGGGUGCCGCGGCCGCGGCAGCAGCUGCAGCCGCAGAGCCGGCGCCGGAAGUUUCGGACGAGCACACCCCCGAGCCCGAGGCCGCCGAGCCCGACGCGCCGGUGACGCCGCAGCCGCCCAAGGAGAAACGGCCCUGGAAUCGGCGCAUCUGUACGGCGCACGCCAUGGCGCGGUACGGCCUGACCCGCCGGGAGCUGGACGAGCUGAGGGACGUGCAGCUGCGACCCAACCCGUACUACAGAUCGGCGGCGCCCAUGCGCAUGUACCUACAGCGCGAGGUCAAGGCGCUGCACGAGAAGAAGCAGGAGCGGCUGCGCUACGAGGCCGCGCACGCUGAGGAGACCGCGGCGGCCCGGGAGGAGGAGGCGCGGCGGCGGCGCGAGGCGGCCAAGCAGGCGGCGAGGGCCAAGGUGGAGCCGCUGAAAAGGCCGGCGGCGGGCGACACCGUGCCUGCAGGCAACACGCCGCUGCCGCAGGAGCUGUGGGCCGUGGUUUUCCAGCGGCUGGCGGCGACGCUGGAGCCUCAGGGAGGCGUGCGCGGCCCCGGCGUGGUCACAGUGGAUAUCGUGUUUGCGGGCCUGGCCUGUCGCGACAUGUUCAUUGCGUCGCGGGCGGGGCUGGAGGCGCUGGCGGAGGAGGUGGCGGCCAAGCGGCACUUGGACAUGCAGAUGGAGCCGGCGCGGUCGCUCAUGGCGGGGGGAGCGGGUUCGGGCGUGGACUGGGACCGGUGGGACAAGCUGCUGCGGACACCCAUGUCCUGCAAGGUGCCGGAGCUCAAGUCCGCGUGCAAGGAGAUGGGGGAAAUGGUCAGCGGCACCAAGCCCGAGCUGGUGGUCCGGCUGCUGGCCCACUUCGGCCUACCUGACGGCCGCCGCUGCCCCGUGCCGCUGCGGCUGUGGCUGGCGCUGCGGCAAGAACGCAACAGCUACGCCCGGCCCAGCCCAAGAAAUAACACUCAGAUUGCUCUGGCGCUGAAGGACCUGUCGGAGGCGGGUGACCACACGGCAGCCGGCGCCCUGGGCUGCAGCGCUCUACUCACAUUCAGGCGCCUGCUCGCCCGGGCGUACGGCGACACGGCGGGGCUGAUGGCGGCGCACCGGGCGUGUCUGCCGCGUCUGGCGGAGAUUCGGGCAGAGCGGGCGCGGCGGGCGGAGGAGGAGCGGCGCGCGUUUGAGGAGCAGAGGCGGCGGCGGGCCGAGGAGCAGCGGCAGAUCCUGCAGGAGCGGUGGCAGCAAGCGUACCGGCGGCAGCAGGAGCUGCACGAGCUGAGGGCGGCGGCAGGCCAAGGCCAGGGAGCGCGUGCGCCGCACUCAUCCGAGGGGGUAAAGGCUCCGCACCACGCCGCGGGACGCCUGGUGGGCGGCCGCCGCAGUGCACCUGCGGCUCCACAGCUUCACCCUACUGCACACUGCUGCUGUGCGGUCAGUGCUGCAGACGGGCGACCAAAAAGGAGCCCUGCCCGCGGCAUGGCUGAAGGCAUCAGGAUGUAUGGCGCUAUCCGGCGCGCUGACAGAGGGAAGUACAGUGCAGACGGUGUAACAGUUUGCGGCAGGGGUUUGCAUUGAGGUGUUGUGACGAGGUUGAGAUGUUGAGUUGGGCACCGGGCCGCUGGGCCAGGAUGUGAGUUACAGCGGGCCGAGACGUGAGUUGCACAGGGCCAAGUGAGUGCUUUGGUGGCGUUGGGACAGGGAUUAUGCAAAGCUAAGGAUUGGGCUUGCAAUAGUGUAGGACGUGCGCUUCAGGCCCACCCCAUACGAAUUGCGCCGGCAGUCUACCUGUUGCGUUCAGUUGAGUCAACUUGAGUGCGUGGGAGGCCUGAUUCGGGCCCCACAGACGUGCAAACGGCCCAAACGGGGGCCCUACGAAAAUCUUCCAUGCAAGCCAAGGCCCGGUG